AUGAUGUCUAUGGUGAGGACAGGAGGACGGCGGGGAUGUUGGAAGGACUUUAGCUUUCAUUUUACAGCUUCAAGCCGGCACGGCCUGCCCGCGUGCACAGAGGACAUGAGAGUCACCUAUAUGUAGGUUUUCCUGUGAGAGAUAUUAAUAAUAAGAAGGCAUCAUCACCUCAUCCUUGGGGCGGAUCAGUUUGGAUACAGUCCCAGGUAACAUUGACUCCCGCCUCUGCACAUGGAAAAGUAGCCUAGUCAUUCCGUUUUCUUACUGAACACCAAGUUGUAAAUCGCCUCUUAGUUGGAGGAUAUUUGGACACCUCUUUCCGGCAUUUUUAGUAAGUCUCCAUCAUGAACUACCUGCGUCGACGACUCUCGGACAGCAAUUUCAUGUCCAACCUGCCCAAUGGCUACAUGACCGACCUCCAACGUCCUGACCCGCAAAGCCCCGCAGUGUCGCCCGGGCCGACGGAGAGGCGCCAGUCCACCAGCCAGCCGCAGCCGCAGCCUCAGCAGCCGCAGCAGCCUCAACAGCAGCCGCAGCCUGGAGGUGGAGGUGGAGGCUCCGGCGGAGGCUUCUUCUCAUCCAUAUCCAAUGCUGUCAAGCAGACCACAGCUGCUGCGGCUGCGACCUUAUCCGAGGCAGCGGACCGGGCAGGAGUCUCCAGCAGUGCCAAGAUCCUCCUGGUUAUCGAUGACCAGCAGACCGACUGGGUAAAGGUCUUCAGAGGAAGAAAGGUCCACGGUGAAUUUGACAUCAAGGUGGAACAGGCAGAAUUCUCUGAAAUCAGCCUGGUGGUCAAUUCCACGGGCACCUACAAUGUGGACAUUGAUGCCAUUAGGAAUGGGCAUAAGGUUACUAAAUCCUUAAAGCCAGACUUUGUGCUGAUCAGACAGCAUGCCUUCAGCAUGGACAAGAACGGAGACCACCGGAACAUAGUGAUUGGACUGCAGUAUGCUGGGCUGCCAAGUGUUAACUCUUUGCACUCUGUCUACAAUUUCUGUGACAAACCAUGGGUGUUCGCUCAGAUGUCUCGACUCUGCAAGCAACUGGGCCCAGUGGAGUUCCCACUGAUAGAGCAGGUUUACUAUCCAAACCACAAGGAAAUGAUUACCUCCCCUCGCUUCCCUGUAGUGGUAAAGAUGGGCCAUGCUCACUCAGGAAUGGGAAAGGUGAAAGUGGACAAUCAAUAUGAUUUUCAAGAUAUUGCCAGUGUUGUGGCGCUGACCAAGACUUAUGCCACAUCUGAGCCCUUCAUUGAUGCAAAGUAUGAUGUCCGCAUCCAGAAGAUUGGCAACAAUUACAAAGCUUACAUGAGAACAUCAAUUUCUGGCAACUGGAAAACCAACACUGGCUCAUCUAUGCUCGAGCAGGUGGCCAUGUCAGACAAGUACAGAAUGUGGGUGGACUCUUGUGCAGACAUCUUUGGAGGGUUGGAUAUCUGUGCUGUGGAGGCUCUACAUGGUAAAGAUGGCAAGGACUAUAUUAUAGAGGUUGAUGACUGUUCAAUGCCACUGAUUGGGGACCAGCAGGACGAGGAUCGCAUUCAGAUUGCAGAUCUGGUGAUUUCUAAGAUGAACCAGGCUGUUCCACGCACUUUAAGCUCUUCCACAGCAGGGCAGCCAGCACAGAAAGCAGUGUCUCCUCAGCCUGUCUCACAGCCAAAAGUACCCCAGGCUCAACAGCGCCCCUCACCUCAAGGUGGUCCUCAGCAAAGUCCCCCAUCUCAGCAGCGUCCACAGCCUCAAGGCCAACCUCCUGCACAGGCGCAGCAAUCUGCUGCGAACCCUGCUACCGGGGAGCCCAGCGCCCAGGCUAAGGCUAACCAAGGACCUGCAGCCCAGCCACGGCCACCGGGUCAGGUAUCCACUCAAGGCCAGAGACCUCCUUCUGGCCAGGGCUCUCCUCAGCGGAGCCAGGGAGGUUCACCUCAGGCUCAGAGGCAACAGUCUGUCUCCCAGCAGCAGAAAGCUGCGGGAGGCCCUGGCCAGAAACCUGCGGCAGGCCAACCUCAGCAGAGGCCGGCCCAGCCCCCCAGGCAGCAGUCACUGGGGGGGGCACAGCAACAGAGGGCUCCAGGGCAGCAGGGUCGCCCUGGAGGACCCACCACCCAGCAGCCUCGGCCUGCUGCUCAGGGCCAGGGGGGCCCAGGAGGACGACCCCCACUGCAGCAAAAGCCUCCGCCCCCACAAAAGCCCAGUCAGGACAACCAGGCCAUGGGUGGCUCCCCGCAACUAAACAAGUCCCAGUCUCUUACCAAUACCUUCAACAUUCCAGAAACCCCAGCGCCACGAGCCAGCCUUAGCCAGGAUGAGGUGAAGGCUGAAACCAUUCGCAAUCUACGCAAAUCUUUUGCCAGUCUCUUCUCAGACUGAGACGGCAGAAGCCCCCCCUUUCCUCUCCUCCUACUGACAGAAAGAUGGACAGGCAAACUGAAGGGCAGAUUCUCCCAACGAACAAGGACCAACAGGAUGCCGUCUCCAAUUCAUGUACAUUGGCCCUGAUAAUGAAAAUGUAAACACUUGCACUGCCUGAGUAGUUGACACAUUUGAAAAUGUACCAAAAGUAGAACACACAGUAAAUGUAGGCACUGAUAUCUGAAACAUUCCUUGCCUCGCCUCAAGCAUCUAAUCAUCGUGUCACACACACGCAACACACAGCCUGUGUAUGCAUGAACACACAGACACAAUUAUAAGACACAAAACAACAAAAUACUGCUCUCACUUUGUUUGUUGGUGCCGUAACGUCUGUGUGAUCUUUAUGUUUGAAUUUUGGUUGGUUAGCCGACCAACCCAGUGAAUUAAGGGACUGUACGAAAAUGAUCGGGGAGGGAGUGCUGAGUCUACUAUUUUAUUUUGUUAAAGAAGCAUGGCCCUCCCCAGUGUUCAAAAUAAUAUAUCUCUGGCAAAUAGUGAAAAUGCAGCCACUCUCUAUUUUUGAAUAUAGAGCUUGCAAAAUAUACUGUUAUUAUAUCCUCCUCUCUAUGACACAAUGCACCUCCAUCACACACAUGAAAACCAUCUUUUUGAUUUACUAACUAUUCUAUUUUUAUAAAAAAUCAAUCUCAUUAACAUAAAAUAUGACAUAAAAUACAAAUAUGGUGUAAGAUAAAAAAAAAUAAAAUGAAAGGCCGCUCUCCCAAAUAACUUAGACUAACCUCCCUUUAGCAAAAAUAAAAGAAAUGACGAUACCCUCCCCCCUAUCUGGCACCGUCCGCUCCGAAACAUUUUUGUACAGUCCCUAACUCAGCACAGCUACACACAUAGGAUGUCCAGUGUUAGCUAAUGCUAGAUCUGAGCUGUUGACCGCUCAUGGUGAUGUCUUAGCUGCAUGUCAACAGGAGGCAAUGGUCGCAUUUUCCAACCCCCUGACAUUGGCGCUUGUAACUGUGUCGUCACACGUAGUUGAAUUAGUUAGUCAAGUAACCUAGUAGGUGUCGUGAGUAUGUUGUUGCUGCCACUUUUCUUCCCGUUUUUUUUUUGUUUCGUUUUUUUGUCGCACAAGAACAAACGCCCGAAAGCUCUCCACCUUUGAAAGCAUGCCUUCCACAGACAAGAAGGUCAGAUCAAAUGGAGUUGUCUCAGGGAUGUCCAAUUGAUUGUGACACUUGUAUGUGGGUGAGGGUCUUCCAUUACAGUUUAAUUGUGGUUGUUCACUAAUAAUGAAGGAGAAGCAUGCAUUUUAAUGAGGUUGAAUGUCUCUUAUUAUUUCAGAUGUAUUUGCACACAAGAGAAUACUACUGCAAAAUGAUACUUGAAUCCAGUGGCACUUACUGAUGACUGUAUGAAGCCUAUAUGUUUUUUCAGGUUUGUUCAUCUGCCACUUGACAAAGCAACAACUUCGGUGUUCCCACCCUAGGGUGCUGCUGUGUCUGUGACAGGUGCGGUACGGUAGGACACAGCAUAAGCAGGGGUUUGCAACUGUUCAUGAAAACAGUGAGUGACAAAUAUGAUAAUUUAGGACAGUUUCCAUUGAUAUUCAAAGCAAUGUAAUUCACGAAAAAAGAACUUCUGACUGUUAACCAGCUAUGGUUUUAGUGGAUGUACAAUAAGGAAGUGGAUUAUGUCAGGUUGAUUCAGCAGUUAGUCAAUCAAUGCGUCGUCGUGAUUUUUUGCACUUAAGUCACUCCAAACCUGAGUCUGCAUCAUACGGUGCAGCUUUCUGCUUCCAUAUACAGUAUGCCUCCCGGGUUUCAACAGGUGUCACUGUCUGUGAGAAGAGGCUGUACAAUAAAAACACAAUGUAAAAGUAUAGGAAUGUCGACUGUGGGAUGCACCCCUGCAGUAGAUCUAGUACUUCCUGCAUAUCCUGCCUCGCACUGACAACCCUUUCUUUGAUCACUACUGAAAAAAAAACAAUUCUGUUUCCAGGCACUACAUAUGUCUUCCACGCGGAGUGCUUUCCGUUCCAAUGACGACGUAGUAUGGCAAUAUCAUGUUUUUUUUUCUUUUUUUAGAGAAGACCCAAAAGCCAAAAGUAUAAAGGAGUCCUGGUUCCCCUGCAGAUUCUCUCCAUGCUGCCUGUGUUUUGUGUAGCCACAGUGACCCCUUGUGCUCAAUAGUGCAUCAAUGUGUGAAUGUUGUUCAGUAACUGGUCAGACCAAAUAGAUGUGUUGUACAGAGCUCUGAGUGAUGCAGAUUGUCACCUUUAUUGCCUCGCUGCUAUUGUGCUUGUUGAUAUUACGUGUGUUUUUUUCUGUUCCUUUUUAUUUUCAAUUAUUUUGUACGUGCUUCAUUCGUUGCUAUGUGGCAGGGCUAUCUUGUCAUGUUAUGCAUUGGUGAUUGAGGGCUUAAUUUUGUCAAUUUUACAGUGACGGUUUUAUCGUGGCACAGCCUAACGUCAUGGGAAUCAGCUUUGUGUGAUUGUUACACUUAGUGUGUAAUUUAUUAAAAUGAGCCACCACGAUUAGCAUGGAUGGUUAACUUUGAAAAAAUCAUACUGUCGCUCAGAGGCCCGUUGGUCAUAUUAAGACAUAUACCGUUUGACUUGACAGGGCGAGCUGUGACAGCAAUGCAAAGAAGCAGUUUGACGUACUUAUGUUUUUGAUAUUCCCAGAUUUCUUUUGAAAAGUUUACAUUACUUAUGGUGGAUGUACAGUAUCUGACUGUGAAUGUACAUUGUUUUUAUUUGUUACAGCUAGUUUUAUUGUUUUCUAAAUGCAUCGUAUAACUGUUCUGAAAAGAUUCAGUCCUUACAAAUGAGUUAAAAACUGAUUGUCAGUUGAUCCCUGCCAGAUCAUAAAUGUAAUCGCAAAAAUCAAAAAGCUGAGGUUUUCGUUAAUCAAAAAAAAACAAAAAAAAAAACAAUGUAAAUCAUGGUGGAUUAUUUAAUUAAAUGUAAGAGAACAAAAUAUUUGAUGUUAUAUGCAAUGUAGCUAUAUUCUGUGAAAAUGAGUAUGUUAUUAAAACAUGCACAUGUCUAAUAAAGUCUAUGACCAACAA